AUGACCCCCGACAAUGUCCCCGACUGGAAUUUGUGGUGGGGCAACUACGUGCCCUCCAUGGCCGUCAUCGUGUGCAGGCAGGAGCUACAGUGCUUCCUCCUAUUGAUCGCUGGUGGACCGUCGACCUUUACGAGCAUGAUAUUGGUGAAGAACUAA